AUGGGUGACCGAACUAAAUUUGUGCCUUCGCAUGUAGGGGGGAAUAUCCUCCCGAAUUUACCCUUCUGUCAUAAGUUGUUGCGGUACGCCCAGCGAAAGCCGUCGCGCAUUGCCAUCCGAGAUGUGAUUGCCGGCGUGGAAAAGACAUUUCACGAUCUCCUGUCGGAUGCUCUGGCCCUUCGCAGUGAGAUUGAGAAGAGUCUAAGUCGAGAGACUCUUCGUGAAUUAGCCGAGGACAAAGAGGUAUACAUCGGUUUGCUGGCUCCCGGUGGCUAUGAAUACACGGUUGGCUUCGUUGCUAUCAUUGCACUCGGCGCCGCAGUCGUGCCAAUGGCCUCUGGACUUCCUGUCGAAGAAGCCUCUUAUUUCCUGCUCAAAGCGCGAUGUGUUGCCUUGGUUGCGAGCACAAGUAGCGAAGCUCUUGCGCAGUCAAUUGUGCGCUUCAUGGGAGAAGAGAAGAAUUUCCACAUCCAGUGCAUAUCUCCUAUCGCUUCUUUCUUUCGUCCCACGCUUCUCCCAGCAGAUGACAUUGUCAUCUCAUCAAACCGAGCUCUCGACAUGAACGGCGCAAGCGGUGUCAUCUUCACCUCCGGCACGACCGGUCCACCCAAAGGCGCCGUCCAGAGACGCACCUGGCUUACAGGCAACGCAGAGACGGACGCGGACUUUUAUGGUAUCACAGAAAGGGACGUGGUCCUCCAUACCUUACCAGUCCACCAUGCCUCCGGUGUGGGGCUCACCUUCCUCCCUUUCCUCGUCUCAGGCGCCUGCAUCGAAUUCCGCAGCGGUAGCUUCAAUACGGCUUGGACAUGGGAGCGUUGGCGGAAGGGUGGCCUCACCUUUUUCUCGGGCGUGCCUACCAUUUAUAUGCGAAUGAUGCGGUACUAUGAAGGAAACAUUGCUAACCAGUCUCCCGAAGUGCGCGAUCAAUACAUUGCCGGGGCACGGAGCAUUCGCACCAUGCUGUGUGGCUCGUCGGCCCUGCCUGGCCCUGUGCAGGAUUUCUGGGAGAACUUAAGACAGAAGCCGAUUCUGACUCGAUAUGGCGCAACUGAGUUUGGUGCGGUGAUCAAGACAGACCUCGAUCCGGCAGGAACACCACGGAAUAGUGUGGGCCGAGUGGUUGAAGCGGUCUCUCUCAAGCUUGAUGACGAUGGCCAUCUUCUUGUGAAAUGUCCCUAUAUGUUCUCCAAAUAUCUUCAUGAUGCAAAGGGAACAGCUGAUGCACACGACAAAGACGGCUAUUUCAAAUCGGGUGACAUUGCUCGUCGAGAAGGACCAUACUACUUCAUCCUCGGCCGUGCUUCCAUUGACAUAAUUAAAUCAGGAGGGUACAAAAUCUCCGCAUUGGACAUUGAGCGAGAGAUUCUCGGUCUAGACUAUGUGUCCGAGGUGAUGGUUGUCGGCGUGGAGGAUGAAGAGUUCGGUCAGCGAGUUGCAGCCACCAUAAGUCUCAAGACGGAUCAGAACACGACUCGCAAAACCCUUACUCUCUCAGAGCUGAGAAGCGAUCUUCGAAGCAUGCUGACCGGGUAUAAAAUUCCAACUAUUCUGCGGGUCAUCAAGGGCGAGCUGCCCAAAUCGGGGACUGGGAAAGUGCAGAAAAAGAUCCUUGGGCCAAAGUUCUUCCCGCCAAACUAUCGCGAGCUUCCCGACAUCCAGGUAUGGAGCAAAGAGAAUAGAGCCAAGCUAUAG